CGCCGCCGUCGUCGUCGUGGACUGUGCUGCGCGCCGGGCUGAGCGGCAGAACUGCGAGCUGCGAGCAAAGCAGUGCAUCCUCCUUGGCAGGAUGAAGUACUGCUAGUCCGUCACAGCCUGCCUCCGUCCGACACAGGACAAAGCAGACCGUUCCAAUGGAAUCCUCGACUUCACUCGAUCACCUGGGCGACCUACAAGGCGAACUCGACUCGUACCUCACCUUCCUCAGAUCACGAGCCGUCCUCGAAGAGAAGCACAGCGAGGCUCUCGUCAAGCUCGUCAGACAGGACGAGGCCGUAGGCAAGCGGGGCAAGCAGACGACCAUACGUCGAGCUUGGCAAAGCCUCAGAGACAGCGCACUUAAGGAUGCCCGCGCCCACGCUCUCUUGGCGGACGAGAUCCGGAGACAGCUCGUCGAACCUAUGACCUUGUUCCGCGAUGGCAAGGAACGUAUCCGACGACGGAUCAAGGAGGAGGACAAGGCCAGCGCGACCAGUCUAACGGAAUAUACCCACGUCGUUCAGAGGCUCGCUGCUACUUAUAGACAUACUUGCGAGGCUGUCCUUGCCAACAAUGCGCAAGAAGAGGCUGUAGAGACUAGGAAGCGCUUGUUGGGCGCAGAUCCGGACCAGCAGGGCGUCAGUCCGCCUCGUUCGCCGCCGUUGCUUGGGUUUAGACCCAGAUCUGUCUCUCACGAGCUAGCUACUGCGAAUGGACUGCCGACCAUCAACACAAAAGUCAUCUCGGGUACGACAGGCAAUCUGAAGGAGACCCAGACACCAACAGCUCACUCUCAUGCCUCCUUCAAGGCGGGAAAGCAACUCACAACCCUGAUGAACAGGCUCGGCAGUCACGCGGAGCGCAUGAACGUCGCUGCUACCGAACGCAGAUCCAGUGCAACCGAGUCCAAUUUACAGCGCUCGCUGACCAAGUCUGUCAAAGUCAAACGAGAAGCAGAGGAAGCCGACAGGGAGUAUCGCAAGGGCGUCUUCCAGCUCGAGACGCUUCGUUUGAACCGAGACCGUGUACUUCGCUCGUCGCAUGAUUCUCUCACGCAGACAGUCAGAGAGCUAGGCGAAGAGCUGCAUCACCAGUGGCUCGAUUUUGCAUAUAGCCAGCGGGCCAUCAACGUCUCGCGAUCUGCCACUUGCGAUGUUCUCGAGCAGAGAGUACGCGAGAUUGACCCAGAUGCAGACGCCAGGCUCUAUGCGGACGACACUGCGGCGGAUCUGGUAGGCAGCGAGCCUGUCUGCUACGAGAAUUACUUUGUCGGCAAAUGUCUUUCGCUCAUCUUUGGCGUCGGCUUGACGGACUACGCUGCAGCCAAUCCAGGCUUGCUCGUUCCCAUCGUCGUCCAGCGGUGUAUCGCCGAGAUAGACUGUCGCGGACUGUCCGUAGAAGGCAUCUAUCGCGUAUCUGGCAGCUCAUCGAAAGUGCAAGAAGUCGUAUUAGAGAUCGAAAGAGAUGAGAGAAUGUUCCAGUUCGACCCCAAUGCGCACGAUGUCUUCACCAUCUGUGGCGUGCUCAAGCUGUACCUACGACAGCUGCCUACCCCGCUCUUUCCUUUGCCGCUCGCGGAUCGCGAGCUGAUCAGCAUGCCUACGAAUGAGGAAGAGGCAAUGGCCGUCACGGGCACUCUCGCGAGUCGACUGAGACGACUCGCACCGGCUCACCAGGCCACACUGAAAGCGCUCUGUCAGCACCUCGCAAGGGUGGCAGCGUACGAAAGCGAAAAUCGCAUGUCCGUCAGCGCACUCGCAGUCGUCUUCUCUCCAGCAGUAUUCGGUGACGACGAUGGCAUGGCCAUGAUCUCAGCCCAACGUCAUUCUGCCGCGUUGCAAAUGAUGAUACUCUUCCAAGCGACCAUCUUUGCCGAGUUGCCCAUCUUACCCUCGCCAGGCAUGAGCCAACCCAGAAGCAAGAGGAUCUCCAGUAUUUCAGGCGGAUCCGAAGGCUUUCAUACUGUCGAAGCUCCUCGCUCCAGUCCGCCUAAUCUACCGGGGCCAAAUGCUCAAGCAAGCGACAGCAGCCCGCCUCGCGCAGCUACGCUUUCGCGUCGGUCAUCCAUACGUCGGACAAGCAAUCCACUUCGAGGUUCGAUCAGCUUCGACACGCCCGUCAGAGGCUCGCAUCCGCUACCACAACCGCCGACUACAUCGCACGCGCAAUCUUUGCCUGCUACGCCUCAAAUGUACGACGAGGAUCAGGCCUGGACACGGAGCAGAGGUCUGCCGCUCGGUGCUAGACCUAUCGGCGUCCCCUAGAAAGCGACCUAUAUAUCAAGACUGAUCUAUGUGGCCUGACUGAGGCAAUACAUUCUGUUGUCAAAUGUACGAGUAG